AGUUUUCUAUCGCGGAGGAUUACGGGAGUACAUCGCCCUUUAAAAUUAAAUGGUCCCCAUUCGUCGCCACACCCACUGCAAGCUUCUGUCCGCGUGGGCUCUGACAUGCCGCAAGGAGGUUCUGCGGUUUUUCACCUAUUUUUAAAAUAAUUUUAUAAACAAUUAUUUUAGACCGACCGUCGUUUUCAAACUCUUUUUUUCGCCAUAGUGUUUGGAAAAAAGGUUCAGCAAAGAUGUUGCAGGCUUGUUCUCCAUCGCACGAUUGGCUUUGCGACUCCGAGCCGCUGCUGUUUGACGACGAGUUUUGCCUGAGUCUCAUGAAGGAUUUGCAGUCUAUCCCCACGCCGCCCCAGUCCCCUCCGAUGAAACCCGGGCUCGCGAAGAACUUGUCCACGGUGGACCAGUUGGAGUUGGUGUCUGAACUUUUAAUGGAGGAUAAUGACUUUCUCCAACUGGACUGGAACUUUACCGGCAGCGCUUCAGCCGCGGAGGAUCCGCUCUCAGAGGACUGCCUGUGGCGCACCGACGGAGACAAACCGAUCGAGGAUAAACUCUCAGCGGUGCUCUCCACGAGUCCCUUGCUCUCCGAUAUUGACACUGAGAUUUUUGCUGAAAUCGCCGGCUCUACGCUGGAUUGCCACAAUGUGGCGCUCGCUUGUCAAGCUCUGGAGAGCGAGGACUUACCGCUGGACAGCCACGAGCAGAUCGAGUCCACGUCUGAUUACGGUUCACUGUCCACCGGAGGAGAAUCAUCUACAAGCGAUUCUGAGGAGGAGAUUGAUGUUGUGACCGUCCGGCGGUCGAGCACACUGACACGUUCUCAACACCAGCAGCAGUUGGAGGACAGCCGGCGUGAGCAGCAGCGUGCUCUCAAGCGCUGUCACUUUGAAAUUCAACAACAGCACAACUACGCCGCCCCACGGCCCGCCUCUCCUCCUCCCCCGCCCUCCCCCUGUUCCGCGCCCCCUCUCAAACGCUCCCGAGGGUCCGGUGACUCCCACCGAAGCACGCAGAGUUCAGGACGCUCUCGAAGUCUGGCCUCCCGACAGGCUGUGGACACUGAGGAUGAAGAAGAGAGGCGGAGGACGCACAACGUGAUGGAGAGGCAGAGGCGCAACGAGCUAAAGAACUGUUUCCUUAGGCUACGGGACAACGUCCCAGAACUGUCCAAUAACGACAAGGCUUCCAAGGUGGUGAUUUUAAAGCGGGCAAAAGAAAGCAUCAGAAAUCUGGAAACAGAGAACCACAGACUUACACAGAAGAAAGAUAAACUCCGAGAACGACAAGAACAGCUGAAAGUCAGACUGGAACGGCUCAAGAGACUGUGAGCGUCUGGGACUAAACGUCGCCAGUUUGAGGACUGUAACACUUUUGACUGACUGUAAAGACUUUAAUGAGGAAAUUUUGGAUUUUAUGCCACGUUAAGUUCUGUUCGGAAACACGCAUGGUCAAUGCAAGGAACGUUCUCAGUGUUGUGACUUUGCAUUGUGCAAAAGUCAUGUUCUUGAGUCUUAAUAUGAAACUGUUUCAUAUACUGUAUUUUGGAUAAAUAAUCAGUUAAAAGCAUAGUUAGCCUUAAAAGAAACAAGCCUUAGAUGAUCCUCACACAUUCUACCUAUUUGUUCUUGACACACAUUAUUUCUUGUAAUGUUUUGGCUGGAUCCAAAGGAUGUUAAAAAUAAGGGGUUGAAUGUAAAUUGCAUAUGAUUAUGUUUUUAUAGACUUAAAGUUUGCAUUUGACGUUGAUGUUUGAACUGGAAAGAUAAACUAUAUUGGAUUUCGUGUUCAUGCAUAGCUCGUAUUGUUGAGGUUUGGAGUUAAAGGGAGUGUUCAAACACUGUUCUUGACUCCAUGUGUCUUUACUUUGUCAGUUAUUGUAUGUUCCCUCCUGUUUCUUUGUUUAUCUACCUCUACCAGGAACAAACCUGGCUAUUUUAUUGCCUUCAUAAUGGCAACUGUACAGAAUAUUUCUUCAAUUUAAUUUUUUUUAUUUUUUUUUUAUGUAUAUAUCACCUGUUAAUUAUGUAUCAUAAAUUAUUUAGGCUCUUUUCUUUUGGUUCAUUUUCAGGUUUUUGAGAGAGAAAAAAAAAAGUUCUGUUCAUCCUCACUUUGUUUUAUAAAGUAAUAAAGAAUGAGCAAGAUGA